AUGAUUUUGGCAAGAGAAAAAACUUACCCAGCGUGGUGUCAAGAAUGUGGAGCUAGAUAUUUCAAAGAGAAUUUUCAUAAUUGGACUAGCGGAGAUGAAAAUAUAGAUAAAUUAAUAAGAGAAAUACAAUUGAAUUCAAAACUUCCUGUUGAUUUUGUUGAGUGGAUUCCAUAUGAAAAUAUUGAGGAACAGGCAAAAAUUAUUGGUAAUAGUGGAUUUGGAACUAUUUAUGAAGCAUUUUGGAAAGAAGGCCCAAUCACUGGAAUCUCUGCGAAUGAAUCCAUGUUUAAAAGAACGAAAGGAAUUCAGACCGGAUAUAAAACUGGAAGAUCACCAAUAAUUCGUUGUUACGGCCUCACUAAACGUCCUGUACGUAGCUGUAUAGCUGAAGACUUUUACGAAUAUAUGCUCGUAUUACAAUGCGCAAAAUUUGGUAAUUUGAAAAAUUAUAUUUCUAAAAAUUUCAAUAAUAUGAAAUGGCUUGAGGAAACUAAAAGGCAUAAGGAUACUAAGAUCGAUAAUGCUGACAAACUGCGAAAUAUUCAAAAGGUUGAAUCUCACACUGGAUCUGAAUUAUCAAUUAAUAUCCAUCAAAACAGCGAAACUAAUACGGGAUCGACAAUGUCUGCCAUAGAGAAUAAAAAUAUUCAAGAGGCUAAAUCUCGUACUGAAUCUGAAUUAUCAAUUAAUAUCCAUGAUCUUAAUACGGAAUCGAUAAUGUUUGUCAUAGAAAAUAAUUUUAUGGUGUAA